CAGAUGUUAGUCUAUGUCAGAGACAGGAUGCCAACAGUUACUGUAACCUUCAGGAUUACAAAUGUGCCUGUGUAGAAGGCUAUCAUAUGGAUGAAUCCUCACUUUGUUUAUCAAACAUAGGAAGCGCCUGUAUGGAGAACGCAGAUUGUGAGAUAUUGGACAGUUUGUCCUAUUGUACUGUAGAGAAUAUAUGUAGCUGCUAUCCUGGCUAUAGUGCUAUAGGAUCAGGGAUGUGCAUGGUGCUAGGACUGCCAGGUAUAGACUGCACCUCAGCGCCAUCUGUCUGCCGUGCUAUUGACUUCAACUCUGAAUGCCGUGAAGACAGUGGGGCAUGCCUGUGUAGGG